ACCUGUGCCUCCUGAGCACAACAAUGCAACUUGGAAAUGAACUGAAUCAAAGAGGGAGGGGGUUUGAAUAGUGAAUUGGGACUCCAUGCCCCCUCCCCUCCCCUUGCUGCUGCUGCUGCUGUCUGUAGAAGGGGAGGCUGCUGCUGCUGCUGUGUCUUUAAGCCUGUGCAGCCGGGGGUGGUGCCUGCUCUCUGCUUAAGGCUCCUUUGAUAUUAAUAGUGUUGGUGUCUUGCAAACUGACGUAAUGCUCGCAAGCAGACUGAGGUCCUGACAAGCUGAUAAGACAGAUCUGAUACAGAACCGAUUUGGCUGCAAUCUGGUCUCCUCCACAGCCUGGGAUCUCCCAGUAAACCCUGAGCAUCCAGAUCUCCCUCUCUUCUCUCUCUCUCUCUCUCUCUGCCCCCCUCCUCCUCCUCCUCCUCCUCCAAGCCCCCACUCCUUGUUCCUGUCUGUGUCUCUUGCACUCAGACAUACACACACUCAAAGGGGGGGGGGACAGGAAACCUAUUCUUCUCCCCCCCACCAGCACCCCCCCCCCCUUUGCAAAAAAGAAAAGAAAAUUAAUAAUCAGAAAUCAACUCUGCAAACAACAAGGAAGCGGUUCAUGGCUAACACUGGAUCUCCACCAUCUUCCACACUGCUGAUGAGGUUACUGCAGAUCAAUCAACAGAUAUGGUCCGGAAAAAGAAUCCCCCUCUGAGAAACGUUGCGAGCGAAGGUGAAGCACAGAUACUUGAGUCUGCUGCAUCAGAGAAAGAAGAUAUUUUACGGAACACGGAAUUUCCCACUGAUCCGAUGCAAGAAAAUAGUGAACAGUCUAAUUCUGCGGAACACAACAGUGAGGAUCAGGGUUUCCAUGAUCAAGAACCUUCUUCCAGCUUUAAAAAGGACCCUGAGAGUGUGGGAAUUAACGAGAGAGGUGUGUAUAACUUUAGCCACCUUAAGGGCAGAAACGUUUCCUAUGAUGAGGUGACAGAAAGAAAUAUGCUGGCCUUGUCGUCUGGUGAUUCUAGGGCUGUUUUUGAGCCCUUGAAGUCACCUAUUAGGUCGGAAACUGAUGACACACAAGACUUGGUCUCUGCUGCAUCUGGGGAUGCUUUGGAGACGAGAGAAGACAAUAUGUCGCCAAGGGCUGCAGACCUUACGAUGCAAAGUGUUAAAGUAGACUGUCAAAACUCUAGACCAGCCUCGGUGGCCUCUGAAAACCUACAAGUGCCUUUUGAUGGGAGUUCAGGGCUGAAUAAAUCCCACACUGUCCUGUUGGUCAAUGACCAUUCUGAAUCGGCACCUUUAUCCCCAGAACUUCAGGAUUUCAAAUGCAACAUUUGUGGCUAUGGAUACUAUGGGAAUGACCCCACAGAUCUCAUCAAACACUUUCGCAAAUACCAUCUUGGCCUACACAACCGUACCAGGCAAGACGUUGAACUUGACACCAAAAUCUUGGCACUUCACAACAUGGUACAGUUCAGCCAAUCCAAAGAUUUCCACAAGGUGAAUCGUUCUGUGCUUUCGGGGGUCUUGCAAGACAUGAACUCUCAAAGGCCUGUUUUACUGAAUGGAACUUACGAUGUGCAGGUGACAUUCGGUGGGACCUUCAUUGGCAUCGGCCGUAAAACUCCAGACUGCCAGGGAAACACGAAGUACUUCCGCUGCAAGUUCUGCAACUUCACCUACAUGGGCAACUCGUCCACCGAGCUGGAGCAGCACUUUCUAAAGACGCACCCUAACAAAAUGAAAGUGUCCUCUGAUUCUGGUAAACCAUCCGAGAAAAGCACCAAUAAAUCGAGCCCUAUUCCACGUUCUUGUGAGCCUGGAGAUUUGGGAAAGUGGCAAGACAAAACCACUGUUAAAGCAGCAGAUGAUGUGCCAGUUGGAUACUCAGUGCCAAUUAAGCCGGUAGAUUCUUCCAGGCAGAACGGUGCCUAUGACACCAGCUACUACUGGUGCAAGUUCUGUAGUUUCAGCUGUGAGUCCGCCAGCAGUGUCAGACUUUUAGAACAUCACAGCAAACAGCACGGGGGAGGGAGGUCAGAGAGCCCAAAUUCAGAUCCCGGUGACAAGACCUACAGGGAAUCAGUUAUUAAUCAAAAUGAAAUUGCCAAAAAUUCCGAUGAACAGCUCUCGGCACAACUAGAGAAAGGAUUGGCUAAAAAGAAAGACCUCUCCGUUAGACCAACUGAGGAUUUAAUAGUAACCAGCUACAAUUGUCAGUUUUGUGACUUUAGGUACUCCAAAAGCCAUAGCCCCGAGGUGAUCUUGGUUGGGCCUCUCCUGCUCCAUUACCAACAGCACCACAAUAUUCACAAGUGUACUAUUAAACAUUGUCCAUUUUGCCCCCGAGGCCUCUGCAGCCCUGAGAAGCACCACGGAGAGAUUACUUACCCGUUUGCUUGCAAAAAAAAUAAUUGUUCCCACUGCGCUCUCUUGCUGCUGCACUUGGCUACUGGGGUGACAGGGAGCCAGCGCGUUAAACACCAGUGUGAUCAAUGCUCAUUCUCCUCUCCUGAUGUAGAUGAGCUCCUGCUCCAUUACGAGAGUGCGCACGAAGCCCAGGCGUCCGAAGUCAAGCAGGAACUGAAUCACCUGCAAGCGAGCGAUGGACAGCUGGCCGUCAAAGAUAGCAGAGAACACUCAUGCACCAAAUGUGACUUUAUCACCAUGGUGGAAGAAGACCUUUCCAGACACUACAGGAGGGCGCAUAACUGCUACAAAUGUCGACAGUGCAGUUUUACAGCAGCUGACACUCAAGCGCUACUGGAUCACUUCAACUCUGCACAUUGUCAGGAGUCUGAAAUCACUACAUCAAAUGGUGGGGAGCUCCAUGGUGUACCUUCCAUCAAGGAAGAGCCAAAAACGGAGAUGAAGGUGUACAACCUUGUCACCCCGGAUUCCAAAAUGGGAGAAGCCAUAUAUGACAGCACUGUGAAGAAGGAGAAGCUCGAUGACAAGGAGGUGCUCAGGGAGAAAGCGUGGUCUGAUGGGUCAGUAGAUGACCUCCGUGGUGUUGCCUGGAGAGGAUCAGACAUUUUGAGAACAAGUCCAUCCUAUACACAAGUAGGACUGGGCCUUUUAACCACCGUGUCAGUCAACCAGGAGCAGCAGAAAUCUUCAAGAGAUAGUCCAAACGUGGAAGCAGCACAUCUAGCAAGACCUCUUUAUGGCUUGUCUGUAGACGCUAAGGGAUUUCCAGGUGUGACAGCUGGAGCUAGUGGAGAAAAAUCAGGGCAGCUCACACCACAGUACCCUAGUAUGGGAGACAGCAAGUCGAAGGAUGAAUCUCAGUCACUCCUUCGGAGACGUAGAGGCUCCGGGGUUUUUUGUGCAAAUUGCCUGACCACCAAGACAUCACUUUGGCGAAAGAAUGCGAACGGUGGAUACGUCUGUAACGCCUGCGGCCUGUACCAAAAACUGCACUCGACUCCCAGACCUUUAAACAUCAUUAAGCAGAACAAUGGAGAGCAGAUCAUUAGGAGACGGACAAGGAAACGCCUUAACCCAGAAGCUCUUCAGACAGAACAGUUAAGCAAACAUCAGAGAGGGAAUAGCGAUGAACAAACUAAUGGAAGUCCUCUAGAGAGGAGGUCGGAUGACCAUUCAGUGGAAGGACACCAGAGAGAAGGUCAGCAAAUUGGUAUGAAUAAAUUUGAUUCCCAACCUUCAUUGACUAAAAGCCAUUCUGCUCAGCAGACCAUAAUAGUCAGCCAAACUAUGGAUAUCCACAAAAGGAUGCAACCUUUGCACAUACAGAUUAAAAGUCCUCAGGAAAGCAGUGGAGAUCCAGGAAACAGUUCAUCUAUUUCCGACGGCAAAGGCAGCUCAGAAAGAGGUAGUCCAAUAGAAAAGUAUAUGAGACCUAUUAAACACCCAAACUACUCUCCCCCAGGAAGUCCUAUAGAAAAGUAUCAAUACCCACUCUUUGGACUUCCGUUUGUUCACAAUGACUUCCAAAGUGAAGCUGACUGGCUGAGAUUUUGGAGUAAAUAUAAGCUGUCCGUUCCUGGGAAUCCUCACUACUUGAGUCAUGUGCCUGGCCUACCAACCCCUUGCCCAAACUAUGUGCCUUAUCCCACCUUUAAUCUGCCUGCUCAAUAUUCCACUGUUGGAUCAGAUAAUGACAUUCCUCUAGACUUGGCAAUGAAGCAUUCCAGACCUGGAUCAGCAUCCAGUGGGGCCUCAAAAGAAAAGACAAAGUCACCUUUGAGUUCGAAGAAUGAUGGUCCAUUAAGUGUAGUGAAAACUGAGAAAGUGGAGAGAAGUACACAAGAUGAACUCUCAACAAAAUGUGUGCACUGUGGCAUAGUCUUUUUGGAUGAAGUUAUGUAUGCUCUACAUAUGAGCUGCCACGGGGAAAGCGGACCUUUUCAAUGUAGUAUAUGCCAACAUCUUUGCACGGACAAGUAUGAUUUCACGACUCAUAUUCAGAGAGGCCUACAUAGGAACGUUGCACAAGCUGAAAAAAAUGGAAAAACUAAAGAAUAAAAUUUAGCACUUAGCACAAUAAAUUAGAAUUGGGUUUUCUGAAUAGAAAUUCAGUAGCUUGUAAUCUAUGACAAUGUUUGCAAUUUACUUAUGGGGUGACGUGAGAUUCUGAUUCUCAGUUUCCACUUCUGACAAACACAUGAACUGUUAACAGAUUGUUAUGGUCAAUCCAACAUGUACAUACUACAUGUAAUUACCUAAAAUGUUGCCCAUUGAAUCUGUCAAAAUAUAAUGAUUAUUUGAGUAAUCAAACAUGGUGUUUGGUCUUUUACCCAAUGUUGUAAUGGAGUCAAUAUUCAAAGUAAUGACCCCAAAAAUGUUUUUCUAUAUUAUCAAAGACCACCACAAAGUCUGUGUUCUAAUUGAAAAAGCAAUGGGCUGAGAUUAUUUUUAAAUAUCUUGGAAUUAUUUGGUCUUGUUGCGGGCACUUAAUGUAUUCCCUGACCAUGUAAACUGACACAUUGAUAAUUGAGAACAGACAUAACUACUUUUCAAAGUUAAAAAAUAAGGAAAUAUAUAUAUAGUUCAUAAUAUUUUUUUAAUGUUGCCUUGGCUAGUUCCAAAAAGAGUGAGUGUUGGAUCAUCCAUUAGUGCAACUCUACUGUUAUUUUCAUAUAGAGUUACAUUAUCUUGAAAAAAUUAUAAUGUGUACAAAUGCCUCAAAAGUGGCUUAAAGUACAAUAUGAUGUCGAUUGCCUUUUGUUUCUCUAAGAACUAGAAUGCAAUAAAAGAGUAAUUAUCAUACUAAAUUUGUAGGUAUUCAUUAAGUGUAACACACACAUCGCCAUUGUGCCUCUCUACAUUUCUGGAAAUAGAUUGAGUUGAAACUGACAACUCUAUUAAACGAUAACAAUGCCUUCACCUCUCAUCCACACCCUCAUUUACAACAGUCACACUCCACAAUAAUAGCAUGUGUCCCUUUUGACCACAAAAAUUCCUGACUGUCCUUAAAAAAUUAAAAAAGCUAAAAAAAACAACACACAAACAUAGGAUUGUUGAGUGCAGAAAUAGAUUACAUGCCAUUAGGCCCAAGACAAAAUACUGGUUACCAGAUAGGCAGCCUAUCAGAGCUAGGGAGGCCAAUCCUGGGAUCGAUACUAGUGGGAUUUAUACCAAAAAACGGACGGGAUUUAAUCGUGGGAUUUACCUGCCCCAUUGUUUAAUGCCGGGCAGCAUUGAGUGUCCUCAGGAGGUUCAGACGCUGCCCGGCUCCUCCUGCCCCCAGCAGUGCGUACUGCGCAGUGUGAUGCCAGCCGCCCGUGCCACCCGGAUCUCGACGCCCGCGAGCCCGUCUCCCACCCAGUAUUAGUGUAGGCUGGGUUGGGGUGGGCGGGUCUUCAACUUAAAUCCCGGGAUUUAUUUUUUUUCAAUCUCAAUACCCGGGAUUGAAAAAAAGACCUGGGAUUGGCCUCCCUAAUCAGAGCCUACAGGCUGCUUGGCAGGAGAUGUAGUUGCCAAAUGGAUGAUCCAGUAAUGCUUGCGGAAGGCAGGAAAUGCAACACAGUCUUUGUUGUAUGGUUUGGAGAAAGGCAUAUUAUCCAAUAGGAUGAGUGGACAAUUUCAGGUCUAGAGCAGGAAUGGCUGGAAUGUCACACUUUGCAUGUUCUUGUUAAGAGGAUUAUACAGUAUAUGAAAGGAACACUCCUUAGCUUAAAUGCUCAGGGAAUAGCACUAAGACGUUGCAUAAAUGAAGGUGCUGAUUUGCCAGCCAUUAAUCUUUUCUGUUAUGGGUACUGUACUACUUAGCAAUACAGCACUUCCAUCUAGACAACACGUAUGCAUAGGUGUUACAAGCUACUGGAUACGCUGUCAGAUUGUCCUGUUUUUUUUUGUCAUUAACAAAGUUGGGAAAACAAAAGUCUUAUUUUUCUAGUAAUUAUUAAUGUAUUACAUUUCAAAUAAUGGUGCCUGACAUAUAAAAAUAAUUAUUUUUUAUUAUGUACAUAUGCAACAAAGAUAUUCCAUCAUGCAUUAGAGCCAUUUUGGCUCGGCCUCGCUGUUUACAUUUGCAGAUGUAGCAAAUAAGGUAAUGAAGCAACUCUUUCUAUUGCAGUAGAUAACCCUUCUUUGUGCUUUAAACUUAUAAUCUAUUACAUGAAAUAAAUAUAUUUGUUGGUAAAAUGAGACGUAAAAAAAAAAAAGAAGGACAUCUGAACUAUUUUUAUUUCUAUUUAGGAUAAAAGGGUAGCACUAUUCAUUCCAAGUAGAUUUUGUGUUAGCUCACAUUGGUAUGCUUCAGAACAUUUAUCCACUUUAUUGCUUUGUCUAUGUUUCGUACGAAACAUUUCCAAAAUCCUGUUACUCGCUGUGUGAACUACAGAAUAGGGUUUUUUUUGUUUAUUGCAUCUUUUAGUAGCAAUGCACUUCAAAGUAUGUUGUUCAGCGGUUUGUCCUUUUUUGGGAUGGGUGAGGGUUAGUGGUGUUUAGAGGGAAUCUUUAUUUCCAGCUAUACGGUUUCAUAGCUUGGAUUUCAAAGUGUAUCUGAUAUAAAAAAAAUUAACUUUACAGAGAAUGAAGUCAAUAUGCCGUUGUGGUAUUUGUUAUUUGUAAACAUUUUGUUUUUAUCAUUAUUAAAAAAACAGAGCAAGAUGCUUUUUUUAAAUUUGUAAACAGGGGGCUUUGUGACAAACUUUAUCAUAAUAUACAUGACAUAUUGAGAUGUGAUAAAAUAUUUACUUAACCCUGGAAAUCUGUUUAAGCAUUUCCAAUACAAAAAUUAAGGGCACUUUUAUUUAUGAAAAUGUUUUGAACAUUUGGUGCUUCUAAAUUCAGGGACAGUAGGUUGGAGAAAAAAUUAGCAAAUUUGAAUUAUUUACCCUACAGAAAAAAAUGGUUAAUGUUAUAACUCCCUUUAUGCAUGAAACAGAAAUAUCAUAAAUAGAUGUUAAGUGCCAAUAUUUUUACAGAGAAACUGGUGAUUUUUUUUUAAUAUAUUUUUACAGUGCCACCACUACAAUUUGGGGUAAAUAUUGUGUAUACAUCUGCCAAUUGAAGUUGUUAUGGCAUGAAAAAAAAUUAUAUUUGAUAAAAAACCCUCUUUUUCUAUUUGCUUUAACUUGAAAAUACAGAAAUAUGUUAUAGUUUCCCACCCAUUUUCUGUAACAUAAAGAAGGAGAAACGCACUUGGUGACUGCCAUAAAUAUUUAUUUAUCUUUUUUUGUAUUUACUCUUGCAUCAUAUAUUGUGGAUGCUCCUUACACAAAUGAGGAAUUAAUAUUACCUCCAAUUGAAUUAUUCUUUUUUUAAUUGAAUACUUUUACAAAGCCUGGCUACUGUCCAGUUUAUGAAAUCUGUAAAUUAUAAGAGGUACAAAUAUUUUCAUUUUUUUAUUUUUUACUUUGAUAUGUUUAAACACUUAUUAAAUAUUUAUGAAGUGGGCUGCACAAGAGAAGCCAUUGACACACUAUAUUCUUUGUAUGUCCAGUCAAUAUGUCUUACUGAAUAUGCUUUGAUAAAUAAUUUACCAAUGUCUUCCAUUGUCUGUAUUUUUCUUUUUGUUAUUUUUAUUCCAUGGGUAAAUAUAUACUUCUUUUUUUUAAGUGUAUAUGUUACCUAAAAGGGUAAUAAUAUAAAACAUAUCUGGUGAGUUCUCCAAAUCCCCAAAAUAUAUGUUUUUGCUUUAUUUAACAUAUCUACACAUUUACUAUACUAAAAAAAAAUACAAUGCAUUUUCAAGUAAAUUCUUUUUAUAUCAUAUGCUACCUGCAAGCAGGUAUACUUGCUUUUUAGUGAUAGGAAUUAUUUGAUAUUUUACUGCAGUCAAUUUCAAGCUAAGAGUUCAAUGUAUUCUUAUCUUUCAGAAAAGGCAUUAUUGACAAUAUUUUAAUGUAUAUUAAAAAUGCCGUUUUAAAGUCUGGAAUUAUAUUAAUGUUUAGAUUUAUGAAAUUUUAAUGUCUGUCAAAACAGUUUUUAUUGGAGUUAAUGUAGCUUUUAUUUAAAAUGAACAACCUCACAAUCCUAGAUGUCCUAUAUAAAUAUAAGUAAACCGGACAUAUGUAUAUGAGCCAUACUAAACAGAUUUCUUUAGCAGAUCCAGUAUCUAGACUAAAUAUUCAGUGUAUUUAACAGGUUGUUUUUUUUUUUCUUACUCCUUUUCCUUACAGGUACAAAUCCUUUUUGGGAGUGUAAUUAUAUAAUGUAAAGCAUAGUAAAAAAAAUAAAAAUAAAUAAAAAUUGGGUCUGGAAGAUGGUUGGUUACAUCAUCUUAGCCAGUUUUUGUAGGCAAGACCAAGAGUGGCCAGAAUUAAGGUGGUCAUUGAAUUAAUAGUAUAUGCUGCAUACGGUGUGUAUGUAGAACAUACAUAUCCAUUUAUUUAAAUUCCAUUGGAACUGGUCUUUGCAAUCAAUCAAUUUCUAGUCUUUUAUGAUUGAUGAGAUAAAUGUGUUCUAAAAUGAAACUGUGCUUUAAAAGCACUUUGGGAAUGGCAUAGGGAGUGUGGAACAUCUCAAUAUGCACUGUAUUAUAUAAUUUCAUUAUUCAUUCUAAUUAAUCAGUAUGCACCAGCAAGUCCUCUUUCUAUAAAACCUUGUAUUGCUGAGAAAAGGAAACAUUUAGUCUUGACAAAAUUUACCUGUCUGAUGUCUGUCUUACCACACAAUAUUUGUUUGUUUGUUUCUUCAUUCUGCAUGUUAUUUUUUU